CCAUGAGCCGACGCUUUCUCUUCCUCUCUCUCGUGGAUUCGAUUUUCUUCUCCUUCUUCGCCGCCGCCGCCGUCUUCGAAAUCCGGCGAGCAAAAGGUUGGAUUUUAAAUCGAUUCCUCCGAUUAAUUUAUCACCAGCGUUCGCGAUUUCCGAAUCUGGAUCGAAACGGAGGAGACGGUGGUAAUGGCGCAGCCGGGGAUGCUGACGUCCGGUGCGAGCGGCCGUAUCGCCGCCCUCUUGUCCCUCCGCGUCCUCGGUGGCCUUCUGAUCCUCCUUCGGGCGGCUGCCCUCCUUCUGCUCCUGCCGUUCCGGUGGCGCUCGGUCCCUGCGUCGGAGGUCGACGGCCGGCCGGAGGCGAGUAAGAAGGGCGGCCGCGGCGGGGUAGUGGUGAGGGUGCCGGCGGCGAUGUUGCCUCGGAGACAGAGGGAGCAGGAGGCGGCGUGGCGCAGGGCCCUGGCGAUCCGCCGGGUGAUGGAGGCGAGGCAGGAGGGACGGCUGGAAAGGGACUUUGCCUUGUUGACGACGGCGAGAGACGACACUCUUUUCACCCAGUCAUGGUCGCCUUUAAACAGGGAGACAAGGGGCUUGGUUGUUUUGUUGCAUGGACUGAACGAGCACAGUGGUAGAUAUGAUCACUUUGCAAAGAAGCUGAACGAUAAUGGUUUCAAAGUAUAUGCAAUGGAUUGGAUAGGGCACGGGGGAAGUGAUGGAUUGCAUGGGUACGUCCCUUCGCUCGAUUAUGCGGUGGCCGAUUUGAAAGCAUUUCUUCAAAAGGUUUUGGCAGAGAACAACAACACUACUACUACUAUUACUACUACUACUACCACCACACCUUGCUUUUGCUUUGGCCACUCGACCGGGGCAGCUAUUAUUCUCAAGGCGAUGUGUGAUCCUAAGAUACAAGGAUGGAUUAAGGGUAUUGUAUUGACAUCACCGGCGGUACAUGUUCAGCCUUCACACCCGAUAAUAAAGUUGCUAGCUCCAUUGUUCUGUCUUUUAGCCCCAAAGUACCAAUUUAGCAAUGCCAAUAAUAGCGCAUCGCCUGUUUCACGCGAUGCUGAAGCAGUUGAGAGCAAGUAUACCGACCCACUGGUGUUCACCGGCUCCAUCCGAGUCAAGACCGGUUAUGAGGUCUUGCGCUUGUCGGCCUACUUGAUGCAGAAUCUCUAUAGAGUUAAUGUCCCUUUCUUGGUGCUCCAUGGGACUUCUGAUGAUCUGACUGACCCCGAAGGUUCUCGAAGGUUGUUCGAUGAAGCUUCCUCGACCGACAAGUCCAUCAAACUCUACCCGGGGCUUCUACAUGAUCUUCUAAUCGAACCUGAAUGCGAUAAGAUAAUGACGGACAUCAUCGAUUGGUUUAGCUGCAGAGUCUGUUAAUUAUAGCUCUUGUUGUUGUUGUUGUUGCUGUUCUUAUUAUUGGUCGGUCGGUCUACGAUUGCGAAGAUAAACAAACUGCUAAUAUAUACCAUAAUCUACCAAA